GGUAAACGGAUGUGUCUUGGAAAAGCCCUGGCAGAGAUGGAGCUCUUCAUCUUCUUGACCACACUGAUCCAACGCUACAGCUUCAGUGUACCUCAAAGCGCCAGUUUGCCAACGCUCCAGGACAGAUUCGGUCUCUCAUGUUCCCCAUUGCCUUAUAAAAUUUGCCUCACGCAAAGGAGAUGUGAAGAAACGCAGCUUUGAUAUGUGUUUCAUGCGGUUAGGGGAGAUAUGGGGUGGGGGUUGGGGGUGGGGCUAACGAGAGAUGUGAAAUGUGCACUUGUUGUUAUAGAAGAGUUUUUGGUGCGAUCAAGAGCUGUGAAAUGUGCACUUGUUAUUAUAGAGUUUGGUGCGAUCCAGAGCUGUGAAAUGUGCACUUGUUAUUAUAGAGAGUUUGGUGCGAUCCAGAGCUAUGAAAUGAGCACUUGGUAUAAAAGGGGGAAAUUUGCUGCGUACGAGAGCUGUGAGACGUGCACUUGUUAAUUAGGGGAAAUAUCUUUAGUAUCUUAGUUUACAACCAAAAGAUGUUAAAUCUCGGAAGUUUUUACUAUCACAUUGGAGAAUAGUAUUGAUUAGGGUAAAAACAUUUUUUUUUACUGCAGCCUUAAGUACUAAUGCCCGGGGGGGGGGGGGUUGGGUGGCAGGGU